GGAGAAAUGCAGAGUGAGGAAUGUAUCGAGGGCAGACGCCUGACAGUAAACCUCGCACCCUGAAAUGUGAAAUCAGCUCAUGCAGACCUUCUGUGUCCACUGAUGAGCACGGAGGGGUUUGCGUCUGACGUAGGGACAAACGGACGCCAUUUAUCCACCAUGGCUGACAGCAAUGACAGUGAGGAAGAAAGCAGUCAGGAGGAGCCACCGGUGACCUGCUGGAGCGAGCUGUCCAUCGUAGAGCGUGUCGGCCUCAACAGUAUGGACAUGACAGAAAAGGACUUGGAGACGGCAUUCUCUCAGAUCUCCCUGGCCUUCCGCUGCGAUCAGUACACCCUGAAACAGAGGCUGCAGUCGGAGGAGCACGCACGCAACCUGGCCGAGGAGAACGUCCACCUGGAGCUCAGCCGAGGCCGGGAGAGCCUGGAGACGUUGAAGGCUCUGUGUUUGGACAGUAAACGCAGCAGCAUCCUGCAGAGGCUGGAGCUUUCUCUGGACAUCCUCAGAGGGACAGUAGAGCGGAUCUCCAGCACAGCCGAGGUGCUCGGUGCCGUCCACCAGGAGGCUCGGGUGAGUCGUGCUGUGGAGCUCAUGGUGGCUCACGUGGAGAGUCUGAGGAGGCGUCACGACAGAAAUUUAGCCGAGCUGGAAGAAGCCAAACACAAUCUGCAGCAGCAGCAGCUGAACUCCAGCAGACACAGCAUCCAUCCCAGAGUCAUCCCAGCAGACCCAGACAGACAGGAGGACAGGAAGAGGAGGAACUCCAACCAGAGCGUCUUACGAAGGAGAGUCAGCGCAUCAAUCAUUUCCAGCCCAAACCUGGAGAAGAAGAAGCGAGAUUCAAGGAAGAGAACCUCCUCCUGGAAGAAACACUCUCCUCCACUCUUGUCUCCGUCCCUGAGCUUAGAUUCUUGUUGCUCUGUGUUUACCCAAGAGGACGGCCACCUAAUGAAUGAAAGACAACCGGACCCAGAUCCAUCAGGAGAUUGUCUUCUGGAUCUUUCUGCUCCCGGCCCGGACAACCUUCCGACAGAGGAAGUGAUUCCUUCAAAUACGCAGAACAGAAACAAGCCUUUGUGGCUUUGCCGCAGCGUCUCGCUGGACUCUCUGCGACAAAGACAGAAAGCUAAAGCAGCUGCAUUAACCAAAGCGAAGGAAAGAAAAACUGUCCAGAGACAAAUCUCCAUUGGCACGUAUGGGUCUCCAUGCAGGCAGGAUCCUCUGCCGGUCCGGCUGCAGCGCUGCCGAUGGGCGCGGAUAUGCGCCAACCUGUUUGUGCUUUUCUGCGUGGUGAUGCUGACUUGCAUCAUUUGGAAGAUUCACGAAGGAGAGGCUGAGCCAUGAUCCCUGAACACUCAGGAAUACUUCAUCCUCAUUCUCUUCAAGGAUUUAGCUUGCAGAAUAAAGCCAUUCUCCAUCA